AAAGGGAAGAUGCUGUGCAUUGUGCGUUAGUUUUACGAAGAGCUAAGGAUUUGUUUGGUGUUAUCUAUUUUGAAUUUCUGAUUUCUAAAAUCUGUGAGAAUGGCUACUUCAUCUGAGGAAGGACAAGUGAUCGGCUGCCACAAGGUUGAGGAGUGGGAUGUGCAGCUCCAGAAGGGCGUGGAGACCAAAAAACUGGUGGUGGUGGAUUUUACUGCUUCCUGGUGCGGCCCUUGCCGUUUUAUUUCCCCAAUUCUUGCUGAGAUUGCUAAGAAGACGCCCCAUGUUAUAUUCCUCAAGGUUGAUGUUGAUGAACUGAAGAAAGUUUCAGAGGAUUGGAAUGUGGAGGCAAUGCCUACCUUUGUCUUCAUUAAAGAGGGGAAAGAAGUGGAUAGGGUGGUUGGUGCCCAUAAAGAAGGAUUGCUUCAGACCAUAGAGAAGCAUGGUGCUGCUCCUGCUAUUGUGACUGCUUGAGGCUUAAUCAAGGAGAUGAUAUUAUAGUAUUUAGUCUUGUCUUUUGUAAUAACUCUGGAUGGUUGUAUGUUUUAUUAUCCACCAUGUUUUUACUGCUUUCUUGAAAGAUUUGUAAUGUUGGUGCUUGGAAUCUGACAUUUGUGCAUAUGGUGUUUACUGGUGUAAGGCUAUAUGCCCAUUUCUAUCAAAAGACUCUUUUCCCAUUUCUA